AUGGGAAUCUGUUCAGCGAAAACCAAAAAUAAUUAAGAACUAAAGGAAUAAUAAGAAAUAAUACCUUAAUAAUCUCCUUAACUUGAUCCUACUUAAGAUGUUUAAAGAAAUCAUAAAUCUGAAACCAAUAUCAAAACUAAUAAGUUAGGUACCCACUCAUCUAACUUAAAUCUUAAAGCCAAAAUUGUAGCUAGUCCAUCUGCCAAACCUAUUAAACGUAUGGUUUGGGCAGAUUAAAUUAUUGAAAAUUCAGGUCAACGUGGUACACUCAAAACAUGGAUUUCAAUUAAAAAUGUUCACUUUUCAAAAUACUAUUCUGUUUUAAAUAAAGAAUAAUCUAAAUGUCGAAUCAAGUUUAACGAAUAAAUGGCACUUGUUUAACACAAUCUUAGUGGCAAAAUUAGAGUGGCUGAAUUUAUUUCUAAAACAUAUGAAGGUGAUCAACUUGUAGAAUCUAUAUGUAAAACUUAAUUAGUAUUUAUAAAUCUAUAAAUUUUAGAACCAUCCUAAUUUAAUCAAGCUAGACGAAAUAUUUUAAGAUUCUUGCAAUUAUUAAAUUAUUCAUGAUUUUUGCAAUGGAGGUUCUCUUCAAUAAUAUCUAUCUAUAUCAGUUUAUACCUAAUAAUAGGCAGCACUGAUAUUGAAAUAAGUCAUUGAAAUUAUUUAGUAUGUACAUAAAUUAGAACUUAAUCAUUGUGGAUUAUCUUUAGUAUCCUUUUAAAAAUACAAUUAAUCAAAUUCAAAUUACAUUAAAUUAGUAGAUUACAAGCCUAUUUAUGUUAAAUAAAUGAUUUCAACAAAAGAUAGUUUAAUGUACCUUGCUCCAGAAGCAAUAAAUCAACCUGAAAUAUAUACUUCAGAGAGGGAUGUUUGGAGUAUAGGUGUAAUGCUUUAUAAAAUGCUUUCUGGAUAGUUUCCAUUUUAAGGAUCAAAUAAGGAUGAAUUACUAGAAUCUAUUACAAAAUAUUAAAUAUCUGAUGAAUUGAUAACAGAUUGUUUACCAAAUAAUUGUGUAGAAACUAUUAAAAAAUUUUUAAAAUGUGAUCCAAAAAAACGAAUCAAAUUACAUUUAGCUUUGAAUGAUAAUUGGAUCAAAAAUAAAAUUGAACAAUCAUAAGAAGAAUAAGAUUAAAUUUGUAAAUAACUUGAUUAGAAUCAUCCUCUUUCCUUUUUGUAAUGUUGUUUCUUGUAGUACAUGAUCACUACCUUUUAAUCUGAUUAAGAAUAAUCUUUGUAUUAAAUCUUUGGAUAAUUUGAUAUUAAUCAUGAUGGAAAGAUAAAUAGAUAAGAACUAACACAAGCAUAUAUGAAACAUUUUUCAAAUUUAUAGGAGGUAAAAGAACAUGUAGAUACUGUUUUUAGAGGUGUAGACAUUAAUAGGAAUGGUGAGAUAGAUUUUUAAGAAUUUUUAAUAGGAGUUAUAGAUCGUAAUGCAUUGAUCACAACAGAGAAUAUAAAAGAGGCAUUUCACAUAUUAUCAGAUGUAGAAGGUCAUAUUUCUCUAACAAAAAUGAGUUAAUUGUAUCAUAAUAAAAAACAGCAAUUAAAAUAGUAAUUUUCCAUAUAUGAAAACAAUCAAGUAUUUGUCGUUUUUUUAUUAUUAUUAGAUAAAUUUUAAGUAAUUUUAAGAUAUAAUGUUUGAUGCUCUAUGAUGGUGG